AUGUCCUCAAAUACUACUCUACCUUUACAUAUGUAUAUCAGACCAUUGACUAUUGAAGAUGCUAAACAAGUUAGUGAUUUAGAAACAGAAGGGUUCCCAGCAAAUGAAAGAGCUUCUUUGGAAAACAUUAAAUACCGUUUAAAUACUUCUCCCGAAUUAUGCUCAGGUCUUUUUAUUAGAAAUUUCGAAUCAGACAGUAUCACUAUUAAAGAUGAAACCUUAAUAGGUCAUAUAUUAGGAACCAAAAUUAAUACUCCUACAAAAUUUAUUACUUUAGAGUCAAUGAAAGUAGGUAAUCACAUCGAAUCAAGUGAUACAAUUGCCAUUCAUUCUGUAGUAAUUGCUCAAAAAUAUCAAAAGAAAAACUUAGCAACUUUAUUAUUAACUGAUUAUAUCCAAAAAUUAAGUAACCAAGAAAUCGGUAAUAAAAUCGUUAUAAUUGCUCACGAACAUUUAGUACCAUUCUAUGAAAGAGUAGGAUUCCAAUUGCAUGGUGAAAAUACAGAUGUCGUUAAUGAUUCAACUUUUGCGUCUUCCAAAUGGAUGGAUAUGGCAAGAGAGUUGAUUAAAGAAGAAUACGACAGUUAG